AUGGCUACCCCUAGUGUCCUCACUUUUGACGCCGAGGGUCGAGCCAUUGACUUUCACGUCUGGGUAGAUGACCUGCAGCAGUUCUUACAGUGCGGUAGGGCAGACGGUCUCUCCCUCUUUGACCUCACCUCUGGUGCCUCUCCUGCUCCUGCUGCUGAUGCUGACGCCACUGUUCGCUCACAAUGGGCCACGCGCGAUGCUGCUGCACGUCUUGUUGUGCGUCGCCACCUCCCUACCUCUGAGCGUGCGCACUUUAGUCAGUACAAGAGUGCUCAGACCUUGUACGAGGCUGUAGUUGCACGCUACUCCUCCCCUGCCACUGCUGCACUGAGCCGUCUCAUGCUACCGUACCUCUUCCCUGACCUUGCUGCCUUUCCCACAUUCGCUGACCUCAUUACGCACCUCCGCACUAGUGACAAUCGCUACCGCGCUGCGCUUCCUGCUGACUUCUGCGCCAAGAACCCCCCCCCCAUGUACAUCACUCUCUACUACAUAGUCACUCGCCUCCCUGACUCCCUUCGCGUAGUCAGGGACCACUUCCUCUCAGUCUGUCCCACCACUCUCACUGUUGACCUCCUCGAGAAGUCCCUCCUAGCGGCCGAGAAGAGCAUAGUCGCUGUAUGGGCCUCUCGUGUGCGGCGUCCGCCCCUAGCGAAAGACGCCGCUCUGGCAAGGGCAAGGGGGGCAGGGGCACUGGAGGAGCGAGCGAGGGCGGUGGAGGAGGAGGUGGAGGCGGCGGGGGGAGUGGGGGUGGCGGUGGGAGUGGAGGUGGGGGUGGAGGUGUCGGUGGCGGCAGUGGAGGCAGAGGCGGCGGCGGCGGUGGCGGUGGGAGCGGAGGUGGCGGAGGUGGUGGCGAUGGAGGAGGCGGCGGAGGCGGCGGUAGUAGCGGAGGCGGCGGAGGCGGCGGAGGCGGCGGGGGUGGCGGUGGAGCUGGUCGCGGGUCUACGCAGAGGAGUGGCUCCGGUGCAGGGUGGGGGUUUUGGUCCGUGCGCCUACGUCCUGCACACCGGCGACCGUGCGGGUGAGCAGUGUGGGGGUGCGCACCCCACCCAGCGCAGAUUUGGCCGCCUGACGGACGCAUGGCGUCACCAGUUCCCGGAGGCCACAGAGAUCCCUCGCUGGGGCGAGCUGUCUAGGGCGGAAGUUGCCAUCUUUGAUCUUGAUUUUGAUGCUAUCCUUUCUGCCAUGUAUGCCGUGUCUAUUAGUGAUGAGGGUGACUGUUACCGGUGUUUCCCGCCCGACCCGGACAUUGAGACUGCUACUCUAGGUACUGGUGAGGCUGCUGCUCUAGGUGCCAGUGAGGCUGCUGCUCUAGGUGCAAGUGCGUCUGCGUCCUCAGGUGCUGGUGCGUCAGCGCUCGCAGGUACUGCGUCGGCUUCGGCCUCCCUCACCUUCACACUUGACUCAGGGGCUUCUCGCUCCUUCUUUCGAGACCGCACCACACUCACGCCGCUUGGUCGGCUGGUUGCAGUCUCCCUGGCUGACCCCUCUGGGGAUCCUGUCCUUUCUCACUUCUUCACUGUCCUCCCGUGUCCGGCGACCCCCUCUGGCACCUUGUCUGGUCUUUACCUCCCCUCGUUCUCUACGAACUUGGUGAGUGGUGCUGACCUACAGGAUGCGGGGGUUCACCAGUUUACUCCUGCGAGUCAGCGGGUGACCCACUGCUCGGACGCUCGCACAGGCCGGCACCUGGCCACGUUUACGCGUCGGCCGGGGUCGAGCCUGUACACCCUGACCACUGAGUCUCCUCCUGUCCCUGCGUCUGGUCAGGUAGCUGCGUCGAAUCAGGUGUUUGCUGCAGCGUCCAGGUCUGGUCCUGAGUCUGCCCUCUGCUCGUAUCGCCUCCUGUCUCACGAGACUCUCCUCUGGCACCACCGCCUUGGUCACCCCUCCCUGCCUCGUCUCCGAGGCAUGGCCUCCCGUGUCCUUGUCUCUGGUCUUCCCCGGUCCCUCCCUCCCCAUCCUCCGGGGCCUGGCCCCACCUGCGUCCCCUCUGUCGAGGGGCGGCUGCGGGCUGCCCCUCACUCCUCUCAGUUUCCCCCAACAGAGGCCCCGCUGCAGACGCUUCACAUGGACGUGUGGGGGCCGGCCCGCGUCCGUGGACAGGGUCACGAGCGCUACUUCCUGCUGGUGGUUGACGACUAUUCGCGUUACACCACAGUCUUCCCCUUGCGCAGCAAGGGUGAUGUCACUGAGGUGUUGAUCGACUGGAUCCGCGCAGCUCGUCUCCAGCUCAGGAGGAGCUUCGGCUCGGACUUACUUGUUCUGCGUCUGCACUCUGACCGAGGCGGGGAGUUCUCCUCUGGCCUUCUGCGAGCCUACUGUCGUGCGCGAGGCAUCCGCCAGACCUUUACGCUUCCGGACUCUCCACAGCAAAAUGGGAUUCCUGAGCGCCGCAUUGGCAUGGUCAUGGACGUCGCCCGUACAUCCAUGAUGCAUGCGGCUGCCCCCCAUUUUCUGUGGCCGUUUGCGGUUCAGUACGCGGCGCAUCAGAUCAACCUUCACCCCAGGGUCUCCAUGCCGCAGACCUCCCCAGCUUUGCUGUGGACGGGGAAGUUCUACCACCCCACCUCUCGUCGUUUUCUGUCCUCCCAGGACGUCACGUUUGACGAGUCGGUCCCCUACUACUGCCUCUUCCCCUACCGCACUCCUUCCCUCCCCCCGCCACCGCUCUUCCUUGUGCCAGGUCCCCCCCCGGUAGACCCCAUCCCCCCUCAGGGUCCUGCCCCUUCAGGUGUGUCCCAGGUAGACGCAGUCGAGCCUGUCGAGGUUACUGGUGACUCUGGUGCUGCUACGGGUGCUGAGCCUGGGGGUGCUGACUCUGGGGGUACUGAGCGUGUGAGUGCUACGCCUGGGGGUGCUGGGCCUUCGGGUGGUACUACUGGGGGUGUUGAGCCUGGGGGUGCUGAGACUGGGGGUGUUGGGCCUGGGGGUGCUACGCCUGGGGGUGCUGGGCCUGGGGGUGCUACGCCUGGGGGUGCUGAGCCUGGGGGUGCCACGUCUGGAGCUGCUGAGCCUGGGGGUGCGGAGCCGGCGGCCGCUGGGCCUGCUUGUGUGGCGUCUGGCGGUGCUGGGCCUGCAGGUACUCCGGGUGCUUCGUCUCGGCGGGAGCCACUCUCUUCACAGGAGCUGCGCGAGUGGUUUGCCCGGCGCAGGAGGCGUUCUGCUGGUGCUGGUGCUUCUUCGGAUGCUGAGGGUGCUAGUGCCGCCGGUCCCGGAGGUGCUCGUACUUGGAGUGUUGGAGCUGCUGGGCCUGCGGUUACGACUGGAGCUGGAGCUACUGAGAGUGUUGGCGCUGAGGCUACUACUGUCAGUCCUCGCGGCGGUCGUGCUGCUGGUGCUGCUGGAGGUACUGCAACUGGAGGUACUGUUGGCGCUGGUGCUGCCGCUGGGGGUGCUGGUGCUGUCCCUGGUGUGUCUGGAGUUGCCGCGCGGCCUCGGCCGUACUUCGUUCCGCUUCUUCAGCAGGUUCUUGGUCUCCCGCCUUCUACUAGUCCUCCUCCUCCCUUAGAGUGUCCACCGCCUGACCAGUCACAGCUACAGUUACUGCCGGCCUCCCCACUGCCUGCUCCGUCUCCCUACACUGGUCCUACUGGAGGUCUUGCUAAGCGUCGUGAGCCUGCGUCUCACCCUGCGUCGCCUUCGGACUCUCUUCGUGCUGCCACUCCUACUGUCACGCGUCUCCUUGCUACUGUCAUCAGUGACCCUUCUUUUGAGUCCACAGCUGCGUCUGCCCUAGUUGCUGAGCUCGUCGACUUUGCUGCUCGCUGUCGUCUAGACUACGCUGCUAGUCUUGUCGCUGAGUCUGAGUCUGUCUGUCCUCCGUCCGUCGGGGGUGAGUGUGCCCUUGGCACGGACGUCCUUGAGGACAGGCAGGAGGAGUUCGAGUGUCUGAGUGCUGCUUCACCUCAUCUCGUGUCCGUACUGCUUACCCCUGAGGGAGACCUGGAUGCACUUGACAUCCCGACUCCGCGCUCUUACGCGGAGGUCGUAGAGGGUCCCUACUCCUCUCAGUGGCAGGCAGCUAUGGAUGCAGAGAUGGCUUCCUAG